CUGGGGAGGCUUUGGCGGCUUGGGAGACCAUUUAACUCUAAUUUAACUGGAUUGAGGCAGAUCACAAAAUUGGACUAUCAGUUUGUGACCCCAGUGGAUGGCAAGUGAGGCUUCCUUACUGUCAAGAAAUACUGCAGGAGUCUUUCUCUGAGCUUCCAAAACAGUCCCAAAAUGGCGGAUGUCGACGAUUUUGAUGAAGAGGAGGUUGAGGAGUAUUAUGAGGAGUAUACAACGACGACUGUCACUGAGCACUCGAGCACUCAGUACACUCAGUCUGGACUGCCUGAAAGGAAAGUUAAGAAGAAGGGGAAGGUGGAUACUUCCAAGUUUAUGACUCCAUACCUGGCUCACAGCCAGAAGAUGCUGGAGCAGUUCAGCCACAAUAAGUACCGGCAGGCGUAUGAACUGUCCAGGGGAAAUCCUCCUCCCUUCAUCACCACUGACACCCCUGAAAUGGUUCGCAUUAGGAAGGCUCAGGAGCAGCUCAGUGAGGUUAAAUACCGCAUGGAGGGAAAUAAGGCUCGCACCACCAGCUUGUAUGAUGGUGAAGCCAGAGAGGUCACCCACGUCAAACAUGUGUCUGAACUGAUCAGCAAGGUUCUGUACAGGCAAAAGUGGGAUGAGACUAAGGACAAGUAUUUGCUACCUCCUGAUGCUCCCGAGCUGGUUUUGGCUGUGAAGAAUGCUGCUAAUUACAGCAAAAAACUUUACACUGAGGUUUGGGAUGAAGAGAAGACCCUGUUCUACCCGUACAGUGACAGCCCUGAGCUGCGCAGGGUGGCCAAGGCUCAGGAGGUCCUCAGUGAUAUUCACUACAAGAAGGGUCAUGAUGAGCGCAAGGCCAAGUACACCUCCCUGGCUGAUCCUCCUGAAGUGGAGCUGGCUAAGAGAGUGGCCAAUCAGCGUAGUGAUCUUAAGUACAAGGAAGAUUACAAUAAAAAUGUGAAGGGGCAGUGGUGUGAGACACCCUACUUUGAUGUGGCCACCGCCAGGGUGGCGAUGGAGAACCUCAGCAAUAGAAAAUACACACAAGAGUUUGAGGACAUAAAAGACCAAAUUUAUUUCAUGCAAACAGACACGCCAGUUUACGAGACGAACAAGAAGGCUCGUAUUGCUGCUAGUGAGGUCCAAUACAAGAAGCAAUAUGAGAAGACGAAAGCGCAGUCAGACUACAACACGCUCCCCGCUACAGAAAACCCUCUCCUCAGACAGCUCAGAUACGCUGGCACCAUCCUUAGUGAUAAAGUUUAUAAAGCCAACUAUGAGAGGUCCAGGGGCUUCAGCAUCAACUACUGUGACACACCCAAGUUUCAGAUGGACUCAGUACUUAAGAAGUUCAAUGAUGCGCAUUACAAAGAUAAAUAUAAUGAGGAGGUGAAGGGCCACUACAUUGGCAGCUACGAGGACGUCUACAUGCUUCACUGCCAGAAAGUCGAGGAAAUGAAGAAUGAGCAACUUUAUAAAGCGGAAUAUGAGGACAUCAAAACAAGAUGUUUCUUCCCUCAAACAAUCACACCUCAAUAUGAAGCCAUUAAGAGUGUUCAGCAAUGUAAAGAUAAAGUUUAUCGGCAACAUCCAGACAAAGUGAAAUUUACACAAGUGACGGAUUCACCGGUUCUGGUUCAAGCCGCCAUCAACGCUCAACAGCUAAGUGAUUUGAACUACAAAGCAAAAUAUGAACAAAUUAAAUUCAAGAACAGCUUGCCCCCAGACUAUCCCUUCUUCAUCCAAUCCAGAGUAAACGCUUUUAACCUCAGUGAUAACUGUUACAAGUACGACUGGGAGAAAAACAAAGCGAAGAAGUUUGAGGUUAAGGGUGACGCCAUCUCGAUCCUUGCAGCUCGUGCUCACACAAACAUUGCCAGUGAUGUGAAAUAUAAGAAGGAGUAUGAGAAGAACAAGGGAAAGAUGGUUGGUGCCCUCAGCAUUAACGAUGACCCUAAGAUCCUGCACUCUGUUCACUUAGCCAAAAUCCAAAGUGAUCGGGAAUAUAAGAAGGAUUAUGAAAAGAUCAAGACUAAAUACCACUCGCCGCUGGACAUGAUAUCACUCACCUUGGCUAAGAAAUCUCAGGGAAUUGCCAGCAUGUCCGGGUACAGAAAAAUCAGCAGCAACUACUUCAUGCCCUAUGACAGCAUCCUGCUGGAUCUGGCUAAGAAGGCCAACAUUAUCCAGAGUGAUAAUGAGUACAAGGCUGACUACAACGCCUUCACCAAGGGCAGCCCAUGGGUCACCUUUGGCUCUAUGCAGGUGGAAACAGCUAAGAAAGCUGCUGAGAUCCUCAGUGAGAAAAAAUACAGGCUGCACCCAGACAAAGUUCCCUUCACUGCUAUUGAUGACCAUCCCAUCAUGCUGCAGGCCAAAGUCAACCAGCUUCAGAGGAGCGAUCUGUUCUACAAGAGAGGUCUGGAGGAGGUCCAUCAGAAGUACUCGUUGCCUCCUGAUGUCCCAGAGUUCCUGCAGGCAAAGUGCAACGCCUACAACGUCAGCCAGAACUACUACAAGCUUGCCUGGCAGGAGAUGAUUGCUAAAGGUUAUGACCUGAAGCCUGAUGCUAUCCCCAUUAUCGCUGCCAAAGCUGCCAGACAUGCUGCCAGUAAUGUCCAGUACAAAAAGGCGUAUGAGAAGGCAAAGGGCCAUCAUGUGGGCUUCCGUAGCCUCCAGGACGACCCUCUGCUGGUUCACUACAUGGAGGUUGCUAAGCUGCAGAGCGACAAGAACUACAAGAAGGACUACCACAAGGCCAAGCUUAAGUAUCACUCCCCAGUGGACAUGAUGAGUCUGGUUCAUGCCAAAAACUCCUCAAAAGUGCAGACCUAUGUCGGCUACAAGCAGCAUCACCAUAGUUACUGUCUCCUUCCUGAUGCUAUGAACCUGGAUCUGGCACGCACCAUGAACUACAAUUCCAGUGACUAUAACUAUAAACUCGAUUAUGAGUCCUCAGUCAAGGGAAUUGGUUGGGUUCCCAUUGGCUCACUGGAAGUGGAGAAAGCUAAGGCAGCUGCGGCAGCUCUGGAUGAGAGAAAGUACAGGCAGCACCCUGACACCUUCAAAUUCACCAGCAAAAUGGACUCCAUGAGCAUGGAGCUAGCCAAAGCCAAUGCCAAGAUUAUGGAUGGGAAAGCCUACAAAGCCAGUGGAGAGAAGUUCAUGCACACGUAUCAUCUCCCUCCUGAUGCUCCUGAAUUCCAGCAAGCCAGAUACAACGCCGCCAACAUCAGCCAGAAUUUCUACACCUAUAAUCACCGUCGAGAUCUGCUCAAAGGACAUCAUGUGAAGGAAGAUGCCAUUCCUGUUGUUGCAGCAAAAUCCUCCAGGGACAUUGCUAGUAAUUACAAGUACAAGCUGGCUUAUGAAAAGGCAAAGGGCCGCCACGUGGGCUUCCGUAGCCUCCAGGAUGACCCUCUGCUGGUUCACUACAUGGAGGUGGCUAAGAUGCAGAGUGACAAGAACUACAAGAAGGACUACCACAAGGCCAAGCUGAAGUAUCAUUCCCCAGUAGACAUGAUGAGUUUGACCCAUGCCAAGCAGGCCUCUGCUGCUCAGACCAUGGCUGGAUACAGGAAGAUCCCUCACAGCUACAUGCUUCUGCCUGACAACAUGCACCUGCACCUGUGUCGCAACAUGAUGGAGAUCCAGAGUGAUAAUGUCUACAAGUCCGACUACUCAAACUUCUCCAAAGGUGUCGGCUGGGUCCCUAUUGGUUCCCUGGAUGUUGAGAAGGCCAAAGCUGCUAAGGUUGCUCUGGAUGAGAGAGGCUACCGCCAGCACCCAAGCACUUUCAAGUUCACCAGCAAGACCGACAGCAUGAAUAUGGCCCUGGCAAUGACCAACACAAAGCAAAUGGACAAUACUGCAUACAAAGCCUCUGGUGAGAAAUUCAUGCACACUUACCAUCUGCCAGCUGACAGCCCUGAGUUCCUCCAGGCUAAAUUCAAUGCCCAGACCCUCAGUGAAAGUCACUACAAGCACAAGUGGUUGGAAGAUAUUGCCAAGGGGUAUGACAUGAAGCCUGAUGCCAUUCCCAUCCUGCAUGCCAAGCAAGGCCGACACAUUGCCAGCAAUGUUCAAUACAAGAAGGCGUAUGAGAAGGCAAAGGGCCACCACGUGGGCUUCCGUAGCCUCCAGGACGACCCUCUGCUGGUUCACUACAUGGAGGUGGCUAAGAUGCAGAGCGACAAAAACUACAAGAAGGACUACCACAAGGCCAAGCUGAAGUAUCACUCCCCGGUGGACAUGAUGAGUCUGGCUCAUGCCAAGCAGGCCUCUUCUGUUCAGACCAUGGCAGGAUACAAAAAGAUCCCUCACAGCUACAUGCUUCUGCCUGACAACAUGCGCCUGCAGCUGUGCCGUAACAUGAAUGUCCAGUCAAGUGAUUGGGACUACAAAUCUGAAUGGAACAACUUCGUCAGAGGAGUUGGAUGGGUUCCUAUCGGAUCACUUGCUGUUGAAACCGCUAAAGUUGGAGGAGAUAUUCAGAGUGACCACAAGUACCGCACUCAUCCAUCCACCUUCAAGUUCAGCAAGCUGAUGGACUCCAUGGAUGUGGCUCUGGCAACUGCAAACAACCAGAUCAUGAACAAGAAAGCAUACACUGCAGCUUGGGAAAAGGACAAACUGAACAUCCAUGUAAUGCCUGAUUCUCCAGAGAUUGUUCUGGCCAAAGCUAAUGCCAUCACCAUGAGCAAUAAACUUUAUAAAGCUGGUGUUGUGGAGAUGGCCAAUAAGGGCUACAACCUCAAAGCAGAUGCCAUCCCAAUUGUGGCCGCCAAGUCUAGCACAAGUAUUGCCAGCAACUACAAGUACAAGCUGGCUUUUGAGAAGUCGAAGGGCCACCACGUGGGCUUCCGUAGCCUCCAGGACGACCCUCUGCUGGUUCACUACAUGGAAGUGGCUAGAUUGCAGAGUGACAAGAACUACAAGAAGGACUACCACAAGGCCAAGCUGAAAUAUCACUCCCCAGUAGACAUGAUGAGUGUGGUCCAUGCCAAGCAGGCCUCUGCUGCUCAGACCAUGGCUGGAUACAGGCAGAUCCAUCACACAAAUACUCUUCUUCCUGAUGCCAUGAACUUUGUGCUGGCUCGCACCAUGAACAUCCAAUCUAGUGACUGGGACUACAAAUCUGAAUGGAACAACUACAUCAGAGGAGUUGGAUGGGUUCCUAUUGGAUCACUUGCUGUUGAAACCGCUAAAGUUGGAGGAGAGAUUCAGAGUGACCACAAGUACCGCACUCAUCCAUCCACCUUCAAGUUCAGCAAGCUAAUGGACUCCAUGGAUGUGGCUCUGGCAACUGCAAACAACCAGAUCAUGAACAAGAAAGCAUACACUGCAGCUUGGGAAAAGGACAAACUGAACAUCCACGUCAUGCCUGAUUCUCCAGAGAUUGUCCUAGCCAAAGCUAAUGCCAUCACCAUGAGCAAUAAACUUUAUAAAGCUGGUGUUGUGGAGAUGGCCAAUAAGGGCUACAAUCUCAAAGCAGACGCCAUCCCAAUUGUGGCUGCCAAGUCUAGCACAAGUAUUGCCAGCAACUACAAGUACAAGCUGGCUUUUGAGAAGUCGAAGGGCCACCACGUGGGCUUCCGUAGCCUCCAGGAUGACCCUCUGCUGGUUCACUACAUGGAAGUGGCUAGAUUGCAGAGUGACAAGAACUACAAGAAGGACUACCACAAGGCCAAGCUGAAGUAUCACUCCCCAGUAGACAUGAUGAGUGUGGUCCAUGCCAAGCAGGCCUCUGCUGCUCAGACCAUGGCUGGAUACAGACAGAUCCAUCACACAAAUACUCUUCUUCCUGAUGCCAUGAACUUUGUGCUGGCUCGCAACAUGCAGUUCAUUGCCAGUGAUAAUCAGUACAAGAGUGACUAUGAUAGCUACAUGAAAGGACUUGGUUGGGUUCCUAUUGGGUCAGUGGAUGUUGAGAAAGCAAAAACAGCUGGCCACAUCUUUAGCGAGAAGCAUUACCGUCAGCAUCCAAGCAACUACAAAUUCACCAAGGACAUGCACUCCAUGGAUCUGACACUGGCCACUGCCAAUAAUCAAAUUAUGAAUAAGCAAUCCUACACAAAGGCCUGGGACAAGGACAAGACCACUAUCCACAUUAUGCCUGAUGCAAUGGACAUUGUUCUGGCCAGAGAAAACCGCAAAAACUUCAGUGAGAAAGGGUACAAAUUGGACAAUGAGUUGUCCAAGAAGAAGGGUCAUAAUCUUCGUGCAGAUGCUAUUGCAGUCCAGGCUGCCAAAGCCUCCACUGCUAUUGCUAGUGAUUACAAGUACAAGACAGGAUACCGUAAGCAGGUCGGCCACCACAUCGGUGCCCGCAGCAUCCAGGACGAUCCUCUGCUCAUGUUGGCUCUGAACUCAGCCAAGAUCGCCAGUGACGCUCUGUACAAGAAGGACUUCAACAAGUCCAAGACCAAGUUCCACCUCCCGGUGGACAUGAUGGCCUUUGAGCUGGCCAAGAAGAACCAGAUUCAGGUCAACCACGCCAACUACAUCACCCGUCUGCACAACUGGACCUGCCUGCCAGACUCUAAUGAUGUGGUCCAGGCCAGACAUGCAUAUGACCUGCAGAGUGAUGCUGUUUACAAAGAGGAAUUGAAGGUGUUGCAGGGUAUUGGAUGGGUGCCCAUAGGCUCACUGGAUGUUGAGAAAGUGAAGAAAGCUGGUGAGAUCCUUAGUGACAGACAGUAUCGUCAGCACCCAAGCAACUUCAAGUUCAAGAGCACAACUGAAGACAUGCCAUUGGUACUGGCUAAAGCCAAUGCUCACAAUAUGAACAAGAAAGCAUAUGUUGAAGCUUGGGAUAAUGAGAAGACGAAGAUCCACAUCAUGCCCGAUGCCAUGGAUGUUCUUCUGGCAAAAGCAAAUAAUAUCAACUUCAGCAUUAAAAAGUACAAACAGGCAAAUGAAGAUGCCAAGAAGAAGGGUUAUGACAUGCGCCAAGAUGCUAUUCCCAUCAUCGCAGCCAAGAAUUCAAGGGACAUUGCUAGUGACUACAAGUACAAGACAGGAUACCGUAAGCAGGUCGGCCACCACAUUGGUGCCCGCUGCAUCCAGGACGAUCCUCUGCUCAUGUUGGCUCUGAACUCAGCCAAGAUCGCCAGUGACGCUCUGUACAAGAAGGACUUCAACAAGUCCAAGACCAAGUUCCACCUCCCGGUGGACAUGAUGGCCUUUGAGCUGGCCAAGAAGAACCAGAUUCAGGUCAACCACGCCAACUAUAUCACCCGCCUCCAUCAGUGGACUUGCCUUCCAGACUCUAAUGAUGUGGUCCAGGCCAGACAUGCAUAUGACCUGCAGAGUGAUGCUGUUUACAAGGAGGAUCUGAAGAUGAUGCAGGGUGUUGGAUGGGUGCCCAUAGGCUCACUGGAUGUUGAGAAAGUGAAGAAAGCUGGUGAGAUCCUUAGUGACAUGAAGUAUCGUCAGCACCCAAGCAACUUCAAGUUCAAGAGUUCAACUGAAGACAUGCCCUUGGUACUGGCUAAGACCAACGCUCACAAUAUGAACAAGAAAGCAUACGUUGAAGCUUGGGACAACGAGAAGUCAAAGAUCCACAUCAUGCCCGAUGCCAUGGAUAUUCUUCUAGCUAAAGCAAAUAAUGUCAACUUCAGCAUUAAAAAGUACAAACAGGCAAAUGAAGAUGCCAAGAAGAAGGGUUAUGACAUGCGCCAAGAUGCCAUUCCUAUCAUCGCAGCCAGGAAUUCACGGGACAUCGCUAGUGACUACAAGUACAAGACAGGAUACCGUAAGCAGGUCGGCCACCACAUUGGUGCCCGUAGCGUCCAGGAUGAUCCUUUGCUUAUGUUGGCUCUGAACUCAGCCAAGAUCGCCAGUGAUGCUCUGUACAAGAAGGACUUUAACAAGUCCAAGACCAGGUUCCACCUCCCAGUGGACAUGCUGAAUCUUGAGCUGGCCAAGAAAUGCCAGAUUCAGGUCAACCAUGCCAACUACAUCACCCGCCUCCAUCAGUGGACUUGCCUUCCAGACUCUAAUGAUGUGGUCCACGCCAGACAUGUAUAUGACCUGCAGAGUGAUGCUGUUUACAAGGAGGAUCUGAGAUUGAUGCAGGGUGUUGGAUGGGUGCCCAUAGGCUCACUGGAUGUUGAGAAAACAAAGAAAGCUGGUGAGAUCCUUAGUGACAGAAAGUAUCGUCAGCACCCAAGCAACUUCAAGUUCAAGAGCACAACUGAAGACAUGCCCUUGGUACUGGCUAAAGCCAACGCUCACAAUAUGAACAAGAAAGCAUAUGUUGAAGCUUGGGAUAAUGAGAAGACAAAGAUCCACAUCAUGCCCGAUGCCAUGGAUGUUCUUCUGGCUAAAGCAAAUAAUGUCAACUUCAGCAUUAAAAAGUACAAACAGGCAAAUGAAGAUGCCAAGAAGAAGGGUUAUGACAUGCGCCAGGAUGCUAUUUCCAUCAUCGCAGCCAAGAAUUCAAGGGACAUCGCUAGUGACUACAAGUACAAGACGGGAUACCGUAAGCAGGUCGGCCACCACAUCGGUGCCCGCUGCAUCCAGGACGAUCCUCUGCUCAUGUUGGCUCUGAACUCAGCCAAGAUCGCCAGUGAUGCUCUGUACAAGAAGGACUUCAACAAGUCCAAGACCAAGUUCCACCUCCCAGUGGACAUGAUGGCCUUUGAGCUGGCCAAGAAGAACCAGAUCCAAGUCAAUGAUUUCAACUACAGAACUCAUCUGCACAACUGGACCUGCCUGCCAGACUCUAAUGAUGUGGUCCAGGCCAGACAUGCAUAUGACCUCCAGAGCGACGCUGUUUAUAAAGCUGACCUGAAGUGGCUUCAGGGUAUGGGCUGGGUCCCCAUAGGCUCACUUGAGGUGGAGAAAGCCAAGAAGUCUGCAGAGAUCCUGACUGAUAGGAAGUACCGCCAGCACCCCAGCACUGUUCCCUUCACUAGCCCCAUAGAUGCCAUGAAUAUCGUACUGGCAAAAAAUAAUGCCCAGACCAUGAACAAGCGCCUCUAUGUUGAGCAGUGGGAGAAGGACAAGACCACGCUGCACAUCAAACCGGACACCCCUGAGAUCAUUCUGUCUCAGCAAAAUUCUAUCAACAUGAGCAGGAAACUCUACAGAGCAGGUGUUGAGGAGAUCUUCAGAAAGGGCUAUGACAUGAAGGCCGACGCUGUCUCAGUUAUUGCAGCCAAACAUGGAAGAGAAAUCAUCAGUGAUUACAAGUACAAGACAGGAUACCGUAAGCAGGUUGGCCACCACAUUGGUGCCCGCUCCGUCCAGGACGAUCCUCUUAUCAUGCUGGCUCUGAACUCAGCCAAGAUCGCCAGUGACGCUCUGUACAAGAAGGACUUCAACAAGUCCAAGACCAAGUUCCACCUCCCAGUGGACAUGCUGAGUCUUGAACUGGCCAAGAAAUGCCAGAUUCAAGUCAACCAUGCCAACUACAUCACCCGCCUGCACCAGUGGACUUGCCUGCCAGACUCUAAUGAUGUGGUCCAGGCCAGGAAAGCCUAUGAUCUGCAGAGUGAUGCUGUAUACAAAGCUGACAUGGAUGAGGUUGUAGGUGUCGGAUGGGUCCCUAUAGGUUCACUUGAUGUGAUGAAAGCCAAGAAUGCAGCCAAAAUUCUCAGUGAUCGUCUUUACAAGCAGAAACCAGACACAUUGAAAUAUAAAAGUGAUAUGACUGCCAUGUCCAUGGUGUUGGCCAAAGCAAAUGCUGAAAUCAUCAACAAGCGCAAUUACAUAGCUGCUUGGGAGGCUGACAAGCUUAAAGUUCAUGUAACUCCUGAUACACCUGAGAUUGUUCUUUCUAAAGCUAAUGCACAGAACAUUAGCAAGAAACUCUACAGAGAAGGUGUGGAGGCAAUCUUCAGAAAGGGCUAUGACAUGAAGGCUGACGCUGUCUCAGUUAUUGCUGCCAAACAUGGAAGAGAAAUCAUCAGUGAUUACAAGUACAAGACAGGAUACCGUAAGCAGGUCGGCCACCACAUCGGUGCCCGCUCCGUCCAGGACGAUCCUCUUAUCAUGCUGGCUCUGAACUCAGCCAAGAUCGCCAGUGACGCUCUGUACAAGAAGGACUUCAACAAGUCCAAGACCAAGUUCCACCUCCCAGUGGACAUGCUGAAUCUUGAGCUGGCCAAGAAAUGCCAGAUCCAAGUCAACGAUUUCAACUACAGAACUCACCUGCACCAGUGGACCUGCCUGCCAGACUCUAAUGAUGUGGUCCAGGCCAGAAAGGCUUAUGACCUGCAGAGUGAUGCUGUAUACAAAGCUGACAUGGAAUGGAUUAAGGGAGUGGGCUGGGUACCUAUUGGGUCGGUUGAUGUGGAGAAGGCAAAGAAAGCAGCAGAGAUCCUGAGUGACAGGAAGUACCGCCAGCACCCCAGCACCUUCAAAUUCACUGCCAAGACUUCUGACAUGCCAUAUGCCCUCGCUAAGGCCAAUGCUGAGAUCAUGAACAAGAAAUUAUACAACGCCGCUUGGGAAAAGGAUAAGACCCUCCUUCACAUUAUGCCUGACACCCCUGAGAUUGUCCUGGCCAAGCAGAAUAAGAUCAACACCAGUCUGAAACAGUACCGUGAAGCCUAUAUGGACACCAUCAACAAAGGCUACUUCCUUCCCAAAGAUGCCAUCUCUGUUCUUUCAGCCAAGAACUCUCGAAACAUUAUCAGUGAUUACAAAUACAAAGCUGGCUUCCGCCAGCAGUGUGGUCACCAUAUUGGAGCCCUCAGUGUUAAUGACGACCCGCUGAUCUUGCUGGCCGCGCACGCAGCCAAGAUCUCCAGUGACAACAUCUACAAGAAGGACUUCAACAAGUCCAAGACCAAGUUCCACCUGCCAGUGGACAUGCUGACAAUUGAGCUGGCCAAGAAAUGCCAGGUCCAAGUCAAUGAUUUCAACUACAGAACUCAUCUGCACAACUGGACCUGCCUGCCAGACUCUAAUGACGUUGUCCAGGCCAGAAAGGUCUAUGACCUGCGCAGUGAUGCUGUGUACAAAGCUGAUCUGGAAUGGCUGAGAGGAUGUGGCUGGUCACCUCAGGACUGCGUGGAUGUUGUCAAAGUUAAACAUGCCCAGACUAUUCUCAACGAAAGACUCUACCGCCAACACCCCAGCACUGUCAAAUUCACCAGUGUCGUAGACCUCCCGGCUAUUGUCUUGUCCAAGCAAAAUGCUGAUAACCUCAGCGAUAGGAAAUACAGAGAAGUCUGGGAUAAAGACAAGCUCACCAUUCACAUCCCGUCUGACAGCCCCGCCCACGUACUGUCCAAGGCCAACGCUAUCAACAUCAGCAAUAAACUGUACACAAAGUCAUGGGACGACCAUAAAGCAAAGGGCUAUCAUAUCAAGGAAGAUGCUGUGUCUGUACUGAAGGCUAAAGCUUCCAGAGAUAUUGCCAGCGAUUACAAAUAUAAAGAAGGAUACCGUAAGCAGGUCGGCCACCACAUCGGCGCCCGUUCCGUCCAGGACGAUCCUCUGAUCAUGCUGGCUCUGAACUCGGCCAAGAUUGCCAGUGACGCUCUGUACAAGAAGGACUUCAACAAGUCCAAGACCAAGUUCCACCUCCCAGUGGACAUGUUGAAUCUUGAGCUGGCCAAGAAAUGCCAGAUCCAAGUCAACGAUUUCAACUACAGAACUCACCUGCACCAGUGGACCUGCCUGCCAGACUCUAAUGAUGUGGUCCAGGCCAGAAAGGCUUAUGACCUGCAGAGUGAUGCUGUGUACAAGGCUGAUCUGGAGUGGAUCCGGGGAUGUGGCUGGAUGCCUCAUGAGAGUGUAGAUGUUAUGAAGGUGAAGAAUGCGCAGAAGGUCCUAGCUGACAGAGGAUAUCGUGUCAAGUUGGAUGAGCAGAAAUACAUAGUUCCAACUGAUAGAGUCGACAUAGUGUGCGCCAAGAAUGCUGCUGAAGUGCUCAAUGAAGCCAAGUAUCGUGAGGCCUGGCACAAGGACAAGACCAAGUACACCCUGGUGGAAACUCCAACCCUCGCCACAGCCAAAGAGGUGGCCAAGAAUGUUCACCCACACCUGUACACCAAAGAGUGGGAUAAGGUCAAAGCCACUGGCUACUACAUGCCUGGAGAUGCUGUACCAAUCAAGCAGUGCAUCCAAACAUCUAAAGUACAGAGCAAGCAUCACUAUCUGGAGAGCUACCGUAAGCAGGUCGGCCACCACAUUGGUGCCCGUUGUAUUGAGGAAGACCCUUUGAUGAUGCUGGCAGUGAAUUCAGCUAAGAUCGCCAGUGAUGCUCUGUACAAGAAGGACUUCAACAUGUCCAAGACCAAGUUCAACCUCCCAGUGGACAUGCUUCAGUUUGAACUGGCCAAGAAAUGCCAGAUGCAAGUCAAUGACGAUAACUACAGAACCCGCCUGCACCAGUGGACCUGCAUGCCAGACCAGAACGACGUCAUCCAGGCCCGCAAAGCAUACGAUCUGCAGAGUGAUCACAUUUACAAGGCUGAUCUGGAAUGGCUGCGUGGCUGCGGCUGGGUAGCAGCGGACUCUGUCGAUCACGUCAAGACCAAGAAGGCCCAGGAGAUUCUCAAUGAUAGGCUCUACAAGAAGAAUGCCAUUGAAUGCUUUGGAAAAUUCUCCUUGAUUGUGGACCGACCUGAAAUUGUUUUGGCCAAGAUAAACGCCGCCAACCUUAGCGAUCUGAAGUACAAAGAGUCAUUCAAUGCAGAGAAGGGUCACUACAUUGGUUCUGAUGAUACUCCUCAAAUGGCUCAUAGCAGGGAAGUGUCAAAGAACAUCAGUGAGAAAUUGUACAAAGCACAAUGGGAUGCCACAAAGGCUACAAGCUACCAACUCAACCAUGAAUAUAUCCCACUGCUCUCUGGCAAGAAGGGCAGGGAAAUCGCCAGUGAUGUUAAGUACAAGGAUUCUCAUGAGAAGGCCAAGGGUCACUAUAUGGCUGGGACCCUGGUGGACUUCCCUGAGGUGAUGCGAUGUGGAGAGCAGGAGAAGAACAAGGGUCUGAGGCUCUAUCAGAAGGACUACCAUCAGACCAAGACCAAGAUCCACCUCCCACCUGAUGUCAUCCCCAACCUGGUGGCUAAGCGUUGUCAGGACAUGCUGAGUGAUGUCUUGUACCGCACCUACCUGCACCAGUGGACCUGCCAUCCCGAGCAGGAGGAUGCUAUCCGUGCCCGCAAGACUAAUGAGAUUCUCAGUGAUGUGUUCUACAAGGAUGACCUGAACUGGAUGAAGGGUAUUGGCUGCUAUGUGUGGGACACCCCAGAGAUUGUUCGUGCCAAGAAGUCAUAUGAGCUGCAGAGUGAUCUUAAAUACAGAGAUGAGGCUAAGAAAGAGUUCAACAACUACUCCAUUGUGACGGAUACCCCAGUCUAUGUGACUGCUGUUCUGGGUCACACCUGGGCCAGUGAGCUGAACUACAGGGAGGCUUAUCAUAAGGAGAAGCACAUGUACACCACUGUUCUUGAUACCUACGACUAUGCCAGAUGCCACAACUUCAAAUACUUCUUCAGCAACAAAAACUACACCUCUGCCUGGGACAAAAUCAAAGCCAAGAGCUACCAGAUUCCACACGACUCACAUGCCCUGCAACACGCCAAACACCAGAAGGUCGUCCUGAGCAGUGUAAAGUACAAGGAGGAUUAUGAGAAGUUCAAAUCCCUCUACAGCCUGCCUAAGUCUCUGGAGGACGAUCCCGCCACUGCUCGCUGUGUCAAAGCUGGAAAACUCGUCCUUGAUCGUUUGUACAAGGAGGACUACGAGAAGACAAAAGCCAAGAACCACAUCCCACCUGACAUGCUGGAGAUUCUGUCUGCCCGCAACACUCAGUCCACUGUCAGCGGAAUCCACUACCGCAAGUAUCUGCAUCAGUGGAUUUGCCUGCCCGACAUGCAAGUGUAUGUCCAGGCACGCAAGGUCAACGAGCAGCUCAGUGACAUUUUCUACAAGGAUGAUCUGAACUGGCUGAAGGGUAUUGGCUGCUAUGCCUGGGAUACACCUGAGAUCCUUCGUGUCAAGAAUGCUGGUAUACUUCAGAGCGAGGCCAAGUACAGAGCCAAGGGUAUCGAAGGCUUUAAGGACUAUUCAGUUGUGACAGAUACUCCAGUGUACGAGACGGCCAAACAGAACGCUGUGAACCUGAGCGAUCUGCACUACCGCUAUGACUACAACGCUAACAUCAAGGGAACCAACACUGCUCCUGCCGUUACCAUUGAAACAGAGAGGGCUCGCCUGGCCAACUACAUCCAGAGCGAUAACUGGUACAAGGAGGCCAACAAGAGCUUCAUGCCCACUGGUUACUCCCUCCCCCAUGACACUCCCAUCAUCAAGCAGGUUAAGCAAAACAGUGUUGUCACCAGCAACGUCAAGUACAAAGAGGCCUAUGAGAUGACAAAGGCUAAGGCCUACGCUCUCCAUCCAGAGGGCGUCAACUUUGUCAACAUCAGGAAGGUCAACAAGGCGACCAAUGAGCGCCUGUAUCGUGAGGAUUACCACAAACAGAAGGACAAGAUCCACACAACCUAUGACACCCCUGAUAUCAAACAAGUCAAGAUGAACCAGGAGCACCUCAGUGAUCUCUGCUACAAAGAGAAGUUCAACGCCGCCAAAGGCCAGCUGAUCUCUAUGCCCAUCACACCUGAGCUGAUGCACUGCUACCACGUCAACGAGAUCACCAGUGAACUCAAAUACAAAGAGGAUCUGAUGUGGCUUAGAGGCAUUGGCUGCUUCCUGUACGACACACCUGAGAUGAUUCACGUCCGCAACAUCAACAAGUUCAGGAACACCUAUAUCACAGACGCCAAGAAGAACCUUGCAAACUUCUCUGUGGUUUUGGACACACCAGAGUACAAACGUGUGACGGAGCUGAAGACACACAUGAGCCACAUGGUCUAUAAAGCCCAGAGUAAAGAGGAAAUGUCCAAGGUCACCACCACCCUGGACUCUGUGGAAAUCCAGAGAGCCAAAUGGUCCCAGGGGCUCACUAAUAAGUACAAGUACACAGACCUGGCUAGUAAGGAGAGAGCCCAUUUCACACCAGAAGUGGAAACUCCAACCAUGGGUCACGCAAGAAAAAUGAAAGUGGUUUACAGCGAUAACAAAUACAAAGACCAGUAUGAGAAGAUGAAGCACAGAUACACUGCCAUCGCUGAUACACCUCUGCUGAUCCGUGCUAAGACAGCCUACCUCCAGUCCAGUGAUCUCCGUUAUAAGGAGAGCUUUGAGCUCGCUAAGGGACACUACCGCACAGUCAAGGAUGCUCUGGACAUCAUCUACCACCGCAGAGUCACUGAUGACAUUAGUGAGGUUAAAUACAGGGAGAAGUACAUCAACUCCCUUGGUACAUGGAAGUCCAUCCCUGACCGUCCUGAGUUCUUCUUCAGCAGAAUUGUCAAUGAUAACGUCAGCAGUGUCAAGUACAAGGAGGACCUGGAUUGGCUGAAGGGUAUUGGCUGCUUUGUGUGGGACACACCUGAGCUGGUUCAGGCUGAGAGGAACAAGGCCCUGUACAGUGAGAGACUGUACAAAGCCUCCUUUGAGAAGAACAGAGCCAACUUCAAGUACACCUGUGACACUCCGUUCUUCCAGGCUGCUAAGAAUGCCUCAGUCCUCAUCAACGACAGAAUGUAUACAUCCCGAGCAAAGGAUCUGCACAGGAGUGGCUGCAAUGAGCUACUCCGCCCCGACAUCCUCACGGCCCUUUACACGACCUGUUUGGGCAGUAAGUGGAAGUACAGGGAGCAGUAUGAGCGCGCCAAGGACAAGUUCACCUCAGUUCUGGAGACUCCUGAGUACGAGGCUCACAAGCGCAGCAAGAAAAUCAGUGAUAUCAUCUAUAAGAUGGAGUACAACAAGACCAAGGCUAAGGGAUACACCUUGCCUUAUGACACCCCAUACCAGCAACACAUGAAGAAGGUGAAGGAAAUCACCAGCAGUCUGAAGUACAAGGAGGUGUAUGAGAAGAGCAAGGCCCAGAUCAACAUGGACCCAGAGGCUCAUGACAUCCGUGCUGCCAAGGAGGCCUACAAAAACAUCAGCAAUCUCGACUAUAAAAAGAAUUAUGAGGCCACCAAGAACAAGUGGAUCUGGACAGCAGAUAGACCUGACUUUGUCAAUGCUGCUAAGAACUCCCUACAGCAGAGUGAUGUUGAGUACAAGUACGACAAAGAGAUGAUGAAGGGCUGUGUGAUCCCUGUAUCUGAUGACAAGUACACCAUCCUGUUCAAGAAAAAUACAGAUUUGGCCAGUGAUGUGAAGUACAAACAGAAGUAUGAAAAGGAAAAGGGCCACUAUGUGCCUGUCUUGGAUACUCCUCAGAUCCUCCAUGCCAAGUCUGUGCGCAGUCUGGUAUCAGAGAGCAAAUACAAGGAGGCCAGUAAGAAAGAGAUGCAGUCUGGCUCAUUCACCACCUUGAAUGAGACUCGUGAUACUAUUCACAGCAAGCAGAUCAACAAGCUCGUUAGCGGGAAAUUGUACAAAGCAAAGUUUGAGAAGGAGAAAGGCAAGUCAGUGUACAACCAAAUGACUGUUCCACCUGAUGUUCAGCACGCCAUCGACGUGGCCAAGAGUCAGAGCAACAUCGCCUACAAGAAGGACGCCAAGGCUAAUUUGCACUACACUCCUGUCGUCGACCGCCCUGACAUCAGGAAGGCCACUCAGGCUGCCAGACUCAUCAGUGAUAUUGGUUACCGUGACAAGGCCCGUGAGGAGGCCAGCCGUGGGGGCUCUCUGAUCCACCGUCCAGACAUUGCUCUGGCCACUGAAGUGUCCAGGCUGACCAGCCAGGUUAAGUACAAGGAAAAGUUUGACAAAGAGGUGAAAGGAAAGAAGCCACAAUAUGACCUGAAGGAAAGUAAGAUUUACAAGACUUUGAAGGACGCCAAUGAUCUGGCUAGUGAGGUGAAGUACAAGGGCGAUCUGAAGAAGAUCCAUAAGCCUGUGACCGACAUGGCCGAGUCUCUGUCCAUGCAGCACAGCCUGAGCACCAGCAAGCUUUCCAGCCAAUACCGGUACAAGAAGAAAUUUGAGGAGAGUAAGGGUCACUACCAUAUGAUUCCUGACACACCAGAACAGCUUCAUCUCAAGGAGGCUUCUGAACUGCAGAGCAACGUGAAGUACAAGGAGAAGUAUGAGAAGGAGAAAGGAAAGGCCAUGCUGGACUUUGAGACCCCGACAUAUGUUACUGCCAAGGAGGCCCAGCAUAUGCAGAGCCAGAAAGACUAUAAGAAGGACUUUGAGGAGUACAUGAGGGGCAAAAACCUCUCAGGCUUGGAGGUCACCCCUGCCAUGAUACAUGUCAGACACGCCACCAGAAUAGCCAGUGAGAGAGAGUACAGGAGGGAUCUAGAGGAGGGAGUGAAGGGUAAAGGGCUAACUGUACUGGAGGAAACUCCGGAGCUUUUGAGAGCAAGGAAUGCCACUCAGAUCCUGUGUGAGAGAGAGUACAAGAAAGCACUGGAGCAGGAGAUCAAGGGCAAAGGAAUGUUGGCUUUGGCUACAGACACCCCAGACUUCAUGAGAGCCAGGAAUGCCACAGAUAUCCUCAGCCAGACUAAGUACAAGCAGACCGCUGAGAUGGACAGGGCCAGCUACACCACUGUCAUCGACACCCCAGAUAUCAUCCACGCUCAGCAGAUGAGGAACAUCGUCAGCCAGAAAAAGUACAAGGAGGAGGCUGAGAAAACCAUGUCUCACUAUGUGCCAGUACUGGACACUCCAGAGAUGCAGAGGGUCCGUGAGAACCAGAAGAACUUCAGCACCCUUCAGUACCAGACUGACCUUAAAAACAUUAAGGGCAAAGUGUCUGCUGUAACGGACACGCCCGAAAUCCUUCGCGUUAAAGAGAAUACAAAGAAUUUCAGCUUGCUUCAGUACAAAGGGGAUUUGGGCGGAGGAACAUCUUUGCCUGAAACCCCAGAGAUGGAGAGAGUUAAACGCAACCAGCAGAACCUUAGCACGAUACAUUACAAGGAAUCUGUGGGUCAAGGCACAGCCAUACCAGAUCUCCCAGAAGUGAAGCGAGUCCGAGAAACCCAGAAGAAUAUCAGCUUGUGUCAAUACAAAGAAGAAGUGGGACAAGGCACGUCAGUAUCAGAAACCCCAGAGAUGGAGCGAGUUAAACGCAAUCAGCAAAACAUUAGCACGAUAAAAUACAAGGACACAAUGGGUCAAGGCACGGCUAUACCAGACCUCCCUGAGGUGAAGCGGGUCAAACAAACCCAGAAGAACAUCAGCUCGGUGUUGUAUAAAGACAGUUCAGCCAAGGGAACCCCUGUAGUGUUCACUCCAGAGAUGGAACGAGUCAAGAAGAACCAAGAAAACAUUAGCUCGGUGCUGUACUCGGACAGCUUCCGUAAGCAGGUCCAGGGCAAGGCCGCCUUUGUUCUUGACACACCUGAGAUGAGGCGUGUCAGAGAGACCCAGCGCAUCAUUUCUGGAGUGAGAUAUCACGAGGACUUUGAGAAGAGCAAGGGCAGCUUCACCCCGACCACCUCUGACCCUGUGACUGAUCGCGUGAAGAGAAACACCCAGGACUUCAGCGACAUCAGCUACCGCGGCAUCCAGAGGCGCGUGGUGGAGAUGGAAAGGAGACGUGCCAUAGAGCAUGACCAGGAGACCAUCACCGAUCUGCGUGUGUGGCGCACAAACCCCGGCUCAGUGUUUGAUUACGACCCUGCUGAGGACAACAUCCAGUCCAGGAGUCUGCACAUGAUGUCAGUUCAAGCUCAGCGUCGCAGCAAGGAGCACUCCCGCUCCACCAGCGCCCUGAGCGGCAUGGCCGAUGAGAAAUCCGAGAUGUCCCAGGAUGCCGACCACCACAUGUCCCUCUACAGCAACAACUACAUGACCUCUUCUAUCGGUUACCAACAUGCAAAGACUGUGGAGGUCCAGCAGAGGUCUUCAUCUGUGGCCACUCAGCAGACCGCCGUGUCCUCCAUCCCCUCCCACCCCUCCACCACUGGAAAAACCGUGCGUGCCAUGUACGACUACACUGCAGCCGACAGCGAUGAAGUGUCCUUCAAGGAUGGAGACGUGAUUUUGAACGUGCAAGCAAUCGAUGAAGGAUGGAUGUACGGUACCGUGCAGCGUACUGGCAAGACUGGCAUGCUGCCCGCCAACUACGUUGAAGCAAUUUAAAGACCGAGCCCGCCCAGCGUCCCUCCGGAGUGGGCGAGACACAUCCACAGGGCAAACUGAUUGGUCUUCCUCCCGUGAUCACAACGGUGGCUUAGUGCAAUGUGUAGCUGUAGAUUGUUGUAACUAACUGUUUUUGAAUGAUGUUGUUCCUGGUCCUGUUAGUCAGUCUGUUCUCAUUCAUAUGCCGUUUCACCUGCUGCCUGUGGAUGUGAUAUAAGCAUCUGAACAACACAACACAUAUAAAUAUUCCUGAUUAUACAUACUUUGUCUAUUAUGAAUGGCAGACUGUUAGUUGAAACUGUUCAAAAACCCUGUCUUGGAAAAACUAGACUCACUUACCUGCAUCCUAGGCCAUUAUUCUGUACAUUUGAAGAUUAUUUAAUAUAUAUGAAAUACUCGGAGAGUAUUUUCUCAUAAAAACAAAGGGCUGGAGUGGUUCCACUUAAUGCCUUUAUCUUAAAAAUGUAAUGAAUACAGAAAAUGUAGAGAUGAUUAAUAUAAUGGAAUCCAGAAGGAGGUGAGCUGACAUCUACCUCCUUGAUGAUGAAAACAAAGCCUGCAGGGUGUGUGAGAUGAGCCUCAGUCUUCCCUCCUUUACUGAAGGCUGCCACUAGUAGAAUGUGUGUUUUGUUUCGUCCGAUUAUUUAGGUCCUGGGGCAUGUCCUUUACCUUUAAUCAGUAGCUAAUAAAGCACACCAAGCUCCUGCACAA